CUAAUUAAACGAUGUGAGCGCCUCUAUAAAAGUUUUUUUUGUUAAGAAAUAAAAAAAAUUAAAAAAAUAUAUUCAAUAUUUUUAGCUAUUAUAAAAUUUUAAAAACUAAUAAAAUUCAUUAAUUUUUAUUUUAUCUGUGUUUCUUUGUUUUUCAAUAAAAGUGAAUUAAAAAUUAAAUUUUAGUUUAAAAUCAAAAUACGAAGUUAAAUUUUUGUAAAAACAAACAAAAGAUUUCAACGCAACAAUCAUUAGCAUAAGAAAAGGGGGAAAAAAUAAUAAAAAAUAAUAAAACUUGAAAAAUAUUUUUUUAUAUGAGUCAUGACGCAAUAUUCAAUUUUAAUAUGUUUAAUUUUUUAUUUUUCAAUAGAAAAGGUUCUUUGCCAGGAACCUGCAAUCGAAUUCAGUCCACAUAUAUCAGCAACAUGUAAAGGUAGUACAAUGAAUAUUAAAGCUGAAAUGAAUAUGCCAUAUACAGGUGUAAUUCAUGCUAGAGAUUAUAGAACACCAAAAUGUAUGGCAUAUGGUAAUGGUUCAACAUCUGUUAAUUUAACAAUAAAUUUAACAUCUAAACCAUCAUUACCGGAUUUUUGUGGUGUACUUGUAAGCAAUACAAAUGAACAACAAUCUCAAGAACGAUCAAUACAAUUAGCGGUACGUGUACAUAGAACGCUUGAAUUAGCCGAUGACAAAUUUUAUGUGAUAACAUGUGGUAAAGCAGCAUAUUCAAGAAACAGCAAUUCACAAGUAAUUUUGAAAUUAAUUAAAAAUGAACGGAGAAUUAGAGAAGCAAUCUACGGACAUGAUUACAAUUUAAGAGCAGAAAUUUUAGAACCUAAAAAAACAAAUGGAAUCAGGGUAACAAAUUGUUUUGCUUUUGAUAAAAAAAAUUUCAAUUUAACAUUGAUUGAUAGUGAUGGGUGUCCUGUUGAUUCCAUUAUGUCAUCAUUCCGACCGAAUAGUGAUGGAAAAACAGCUGAUGCUUAUAUUAAAUCUAUGUUUAAAUUCCCAGACGAUUCUGAAGUACAUUUGCAAUGUGAUGUGUCAUCAUGUGAAGAAAGUUGUUUUCAAGAACCAAAUUGCAAUAAUGUAGCUAUUGCCGGUGUUGGUGGUGCAGUUGGUACAAAAACAACAACUGUAAAAGAGAAUAGCGAUGCAAUGUUAUUGGGAGCAACAACAGUUUUUGUUUUAGAUCCAGCAGAAAACUUAGUAAGUGCAGAAAUUUGUGAAGAAGGUGGUAUUCGUCCAAAAUGGUUACUUUGGUUGACAAUUGCAAUAUGUGUUCUAUUUUUAAUAAUGUUACUAAUGAACAUUUUCUUGUGUACAGCAAUGACUUGCAGUUGUGCACGUACUGAGAUAAUUGAAAAAGAUCCAUCAAUAAUUGAAGAAUAUGAUCCAUAUAGAAGUUGGCAUGGUAGCCAAUAUGGAUCAAGAUAUUCUUUACAAGCAAGGGAUAUGGCUAAUAAAGGAUAUACAAGCGGAGGUUCAACAAUACAUUCUAAUCGAUCAGAUCGAUUUUAGAGACUUGAAAAAAAAAAACUAAUUUUUUUUUUUAAGUAAAGCAUGUAAAACAUAAUAGUGAUUCAAAUUAAAUUGUACUAACUAGAUUAACUCUUUUACUAUACUUUUUAAUAUGUAAUGUAAAAAUGUAAAAUAUAUGAACAAUAUAUUAAGCAAAAAUUUUUAAAAAUUAGGAGAAUGAAUACAUAAUAUUGCCAAAAACA